AUGGGCGAGCACAACCUGCUGAACCCCGGCUUCGUGGGGCCGCUCCUCAACAUCCACACGGGCGACGCCUUCUACUUCCCCAACUUCCGCGCGUCCGGCGGCCAAAUCCCGGCGCUGCCGUCGCUGCCCUACCCGCGCCGGGACAACUUCGCCUCCCUGCCCGCCUGGGCCCCCUCGGAGCCCUGCGGGCCGUACCCGCAGCCCUACCUGGGCUUCGGCCGCGCCUGCGAGCUCGCCCGCGCCGAGGAGGGCAAGUGCUGCUACCGGGAGGGCGACAAGGGCCGCGAGGGCAGGGACGGGGCGCUGCUGCCGCUGGAGCCGCUGCCCGCCGCCAACGCGGGCAACGGCGCCAACCUGGGCAACCAUCUGGGCAAUUUGGGCAACCUGGGCAACCUCGGAGGAGGAUUCGGCAAGUUCGAGUUCGCGGGGCCCGAGGGCGGCGCGCAGGAGCCGCCGAGCUGCGCGUCCCUGGAGUCGGACUCGGGCUCCUCGCUGCUGGCCGAGGGCAAGGGCGACGCGCCGGGGCUGGGCUCGCCGCUCAGCGCCCCGGGGCUGGGCUCGCCGCUCAGCGUCGCGGGUGCGGGCGCGCCCUGGUACCCGAUGCACACGAGGUCGCGGAAAAAGCGCAAGCCGUACUCGAAGCUGCAGCUGGCCGAGCUGGAGGGAGAAUUCCUGGUGAACGAAUUCAUCACCCGCCAGCGGCGCCGCGAGCUCUCGGACCGCCUGAACCUCAGCGACCAGCAGGUGAAGAUCUGGUUCCAGAACCGCCGCAUGAAAAAGAAAAGACUCCUCCUCCGCGAGCAGGCGCUCUCCUUCUUUUAA